UAGGCCCCGCCCCCUUGCGCCGGCGGUGUUUAGCGGUGCCCGGUUUGUCCCCGAGACAGAACCGCUGCUACGGUAGCCGUCUCCGCCUGCCCUUGGCCGAGUCUCACCGCCACAACCAUGCCCCGGGGGAGCCGAAGCGCGGCCGCCCGGCCAGCCAGCCGCACUGUUCACCCACCCGCGCACCCGCCGCCCUCGGCCGCUGCACCGGCCCCGGCCCCGGCCCCGUCGGGCCAGCCUGGCUUGAUGGCGCAGAUGGCGUCCACGGCCGCUGGGGUGGCCGUGGGCUCGGCUGUGGGACACGUCGUGGGUAGCGCCCUGACCGGAGCCUUCAGCGGGGGGAGCUCAGAGCCCGCCCAGCCUGCCGCUGAGCAGGCUCCCACCCGCACUGGCCCCCAGCCCCUGCAGAUGGGGCCCUGCGCCUACGAGAUCAAGCAGUUCCUGGACUGCUCCACCACUCAGAGUGAUCUGUCCCUGUGUGAGGGCUUCAGCGAGGCCCUGAAGCAGUGCAAGUACAACCACGGUCUGAGCUCCCUGCCCUGAAGAGACAGGUGCGGACUGGUGCAGAUCCAUGAGCCAGCCCUGCACCCACCUUCACCCCUUCACCUGACAGCUGGACCAUGACGUCAGAUUGUACCCGUGUAGCUGGGAUUUGGAGUGAGGAGGGGGUUUCUUACCCCACAGAUGACCGGAGACGCAAAUGUGCAAUUAAAAGAGUUUAUUUUAGACCAUA